AUGGAAACAGAUACAUUGCAUCAGAAAGCAAACUAUGGUUUAGAUGCCCCGCAAGCGAUUCGAAACUUUUUUCUCAUUUCUGUAAGUUUGAUCAGCGCUGGUAUUAUUUGUCAUUUUACUAUACCAACAAAAUCAUCACAAAUACUCAAUAUUAUAAAUCAAAUUUUAACAUAUACAUUCAUUAUUAGUGGAAUAUUUAUAUUUUAUCCUGUUAUCAGUUUACCAUUAGGUAGUUUAAUAUUUAAAUUUCAUGCACGCGAUUGGCUUCUAGAUUCAAUACAAUGGAACAAUAUGAAUAAAAUACUCGAUGUUGGAUGUGGAAGUGGACUAUUAUUAAUUGGAGCAGCGAAAAGAGUUCCAUCUUUAGGUAAAGUAUAUGGGAUUGAUAUUUGGGAUGUGAACGAUCAAAGUGGCAACAAAAUUCAACGAACAUUAAAAAAUAUUGAAAUUGAAAAUGUACAAACGAGAGUUGAAAUAAAAACAGCCGAUAUGAGACAAAUACCCUAUUCGGAUAAUUGUUUUGAUUUAAUUUUGUCUAGUUGGGCGAUACAUAAUUUAAAACGAAAACAAGAUCGAUUAGACGCUCUAAAAGAAAUUGUUCGAGUUUGUAAACCAAAUGGACAAAUUGCUCUUAUGGAUAUUAAAAAAUAUAAAGAGUAUAAGCAAUUUUUUAUUGAAAAUGGAUUAAUUGAUAUUCAAAUGGUGGGUCCCAAAUUCACUUUUGGAAAUCCUACAUAUAUUGUAAAAGCGACUAAAGUCUAA